GAUAUGAUUCUCAUGCGUCUCAGUGACCUUGACUCGUGCGGAAUGGGAGUUUGUUUGUCUGGUAAAGAGCGCUGCAGCAGGUCAAACGCGCUCAGAUUUCUCUUGUAUGCGCUGUAGGGUUGAGCACCCGUCUGCAGUGUUAAAUAUGGCAUCAGUUCUUCAGAAACUCGUCACUCCGCUCUUCAGCGGUCCGUCUGAACCUCCCAGAAAUAAAGUGACUGUCGUCGGGGUGGGUCACGUGGGCAUGGCGUGUGCCGUCAGCAUCGUCCUGCGGGAGCUGGCGGAUGAGCUGGCGCUGGUGGAUGUCAUGGAAGACAAACUGAAAGGUGAGAUGAUGGACCUCCAGCACGGCAGUCUCUUCUUAAAGACGCCCAAGAUCGUCUCAGGCAAAGAUUACUCUGUGAGCGCUGACUCUCGUAUCGUGGUGGUGACGGCGGGUGCUCGGCUGCAGGAGGGUGAGAGCAGACUGAAUCUGGUGCAGAGAAACGUCAACAUCUUCAGACACAUCAUCCCUCAGAUCGUCAGAUACAGUCCCAACUGCGUCCUCAUCGUCGUCUCCAACCCGGUGGACAUUAUGACCUACGUCACUUGGAAGUUGAGCGGUCUGCCCAAACAUCGGGUCAUCGGCAGUGGAACCAACCUGGACUCCGCCCGCUUCCGUUAUCUGAUGGCCGAGCGUUUGGGGAUUCACCCCAGCAGCUUCAACGGCUGGAUACUGGGAGAACAUGGAGACUCCAGCGUUCUUGUUUGGAGCGGCACGAAUGUGGCAGGUGUCCGUCUCCAGAAACUCAAUCCAGAUAUCGGCAAAGACACGGACCGGGAGAACUGGAAAGAAACUCACAAGAUGGUUGUGGACAGUGCCUACGAGGUGAUUCGGCUGAAGGGUCACACUAACUGGGCCAUCGGUUUGAGCGUGGCCGACCUGACGGAGAGCCUGAUGAAGAACCUGAACCGGGUUCAUCCCGUUUCCACUAUGGUGAAGGGUAUGUACGGGAUCAGUAAUGAAGUGUAUCUGAGUCUGCCGUGUGUGUUGAACAGCGCUGGAGUGAGCAGUGUGAUCAACACGACACUGAGCGAUCAUGAGAUCUCGCAGCUGAAGAACAGCGCUGACGCUCUGUGGGACAUCCAGAAAGAUCUCAAAGAUGUGUGA